UCGAAUCCCAGCAGCCACACUUUUUUUCCCAUUUUGCGACCCUUUUAGAAGUGUAGGGUUUUUAAAGAGCCCAAUACUCUUUUCUAUUUGCUUUUGUUUUUUUUGGAAGACGCACAAGUUGAAGAUCAACAAAACCUAGAAAAGGGUUUUUAUAUGAGACCAGUUGCUUAUUUUUCUUUCCUUUAUCAUUUUGGAGGGCGCAGAAGUUGAAGAUUGACUAAAGACAGCAAAGAUGAUAGACGAUCAAGACUUGGGUUUCAUAGCCAACUUUCUUGGAAUCUUUAUAUUUGGUUUGGUAAUUGCUUACCAUUAUGUGACAGCUGACCCGAAGUAUGAGGCCAACUAGAUCCAAGAUGCAUGCAACAGUUUAUCUCAGUUACAUGUUUCCUUCAUGUUGAAGUAACAUUAAGUUGGAACAAUGCUGGCAUUUACUAUAUUAAAUGUUAGCAGUUUUUAUGCUAGACAUUUCAUUUACAUUUUGUUAAAGCUUAAUUAAAAAGUUGCACCACAAA